AAGAAGAGAAAGUAAAACCAUGUCAAAUCCGCGACGAAGAGGUGGUAGAAGUUCUGAUUUCGGACGGCGGGACCAGCAUUGGGGGUCGCCUAGAUCAGGCUCUCCAGGUUCUCCUGGCAUCAAUGGCAGUCCAAGGACAGGUAGACGUGAUCAAAGGGAUAGACGGAGCGAACUACUUCCAACAGAUCACGACAGUUACGUUGACUAUCUGAAGAAAAGAUGGAACUCUGUCAAAAGUCAAAUGAAUGCAACAUAUUACAAGGUCCCGGAUCAUAACCCAGCUGUAGAAGCAGUCCAACCAAACUUUGAUGUAGACAGAUUUUUUGAUGAACGACAGCAACAGCAAAGACAAGGCCAGCAGUCACCACCCAGUAACCCACAGUCCCAUAACUUACAAGGACUACCAUCCUGAUGAAGAACCACAUGGAUGGAAAAAUUUACAUGUACCAUGGAACUAUGCAGCUUGGCUUGUUCUUGGCCUUGACUGACUAGUUAGGUUGGUCUGGCAAACUCACUUACAGUAUACUCCAGUUUCAAGUUCUCUUUGCUCAGCCUUAGUCUCAGUCAUGUGUUAUAAUAUUCAGCUAUUCAACCAAAACCCUGUGGCAUUUAAAUAAACUUGUAUUGUUCCAUAGUACAUUUUUUACUAUACGAUGAACCUUAAUGAAGGAAGAGAACACAUUUGUACACAAUCGAGGCUAAGACUGAGCAAAGGCGAACUUGAAAUGGGAGUAUUCUUAGUUUUAAGUAUCUAGAAUGGGGUUGUAGACAUGGCAGCCAUGUUGGUGUUUGAAAAAAAAACAUGCUUGGAAGAAAUCUUAGGUUAAUGGUACGCCAACAAGGUUGCGAUGAGAUCACUUGAAAAAAAACCUGUCAGCCAUGUUGGUAGGCCCUUGAUUAAACUAAACAUAACUGGUACGCCAACAUGUUGUGAUGAGGUCACCCAGGUCAGAGGCCAAGAACGGCAAUACUAUCAAAUCCCCAUGAUCCUAGACUUUUACAUGAUUAGAUUUUAACUUACAGGCUUGCCUUAGAUGAUAGAGCAAUAACGAUUCACUGCGCUCUUGCUUUACUAUACACACACACAAAAAAGAAAGAUAGUUUUGAUAAAAGUAUAGACAACUCUUGAAACUAGAGGAUUCUUAAGUGAGACUAACAAGAAAAUACAAAAGAAAUCAUACUUUUUCUUGAUGGAAUAGACGGUCCUCUUUACCUUGGGCAUAAUGUUUUUCUAUUUCAGGCAACAUGUCAUUCCCUAGGUUACUAUUUCUUUGUUUAACGGUUGCACAUCAGAAGACACAUGAAGAUGAAUGCUGUCUUCAGACCAUGUUAUUUCCUCGAGUAUCAUUUCUUUGUUUAAAGGUUGCACAUGAGAUAAAUUAAAAUAUAGAUAAAAGUUAAACAAAAAAUGAUACUCUCAAGAGGAAUGGAAAACGUUGUGCCCUAAGGUAAAGAGGUCUAUCUAUGCCCCUUUUUUAUAUUUUUGUGUCAGCCAGAUUCUAUUGUUUCAUAUUAGCUGUCAUUCAUUCAUGGUUUUUUGUUCUUUCCAUGGAAAGUAAAAUCACUCAAAUAAUUAUACCUUAAAUUGCACUGUAAAAGUUUUAAAAGAAAUAUUUAUCUUGAGGAUUUUUCAGUUAAAGAACAUGAAAUUAUUUAAAGAAAAAAUGCCUCCAUGUUGUUUUACCUGUUUAAGAUACAUCAGUGGCAAUGGCAUAGUGAGGGGCAGCAACUGUCACCCACAAGUUUUACUAAACCCUGUGGAUGUGACAGAAAAUUCUAAAGAUGAAAUGAGUAUGCAUGUGAAUUUGGGGAAAAAUGGUAAAUUGUCCCCUAUUUCUGAGACCUUGCUAUGCCCCAACGACGAAGUACUCUUCAAGGAAGGUUCACCAAAACCUUAUUUUGUAGCAACGGCAGAUGGUAUGAUUUGGCGCCAGUGAUUUAGGAACCCUGUAACCUCCCGGCCCAGUUGUUCAAAGCCCGAUUAGUGCUAAUCCUGGGUUAACUCUUAAUAAGACCUAUAGAGUUAAUCCUGGAUUAGCGCUAAUCCAGCUUUGAACAACCCGGCCCAGGAAUAAAACUUUCCCAAAUCUGUUGUCAAGGAUUUAUAGAUGAGAAAAGAGACUAUCUAGUAAGACAAACGUUUGACUUCAAUUUCAAAUAAAUAUUUAAUAGCA